AUGGUUACUGGUGGUGAAAGAAAAGGCAAGGCCAACAAAAGGGUGGCCUUUCUUUUCACACCAGAGGUUGACGAAUCGACCCCAAAGCAGAUGGAUGCAUAUAUGCACGAACUACGUAUAAGGGGUUACUUUAUACGAAUAUUGACGUGGCUUACAUUUGUAAUCGGUAUGGGUUCGAUAUUUGGCCUAUGGGAAUGGUGCUUCAGUUUGUACUCAGCGAUGUUAUUCAAUACACAGGUUCCUAUAAUUGGACCGGUGAUCAGUUAUUUGAAAUUAGCAGUAUCUGACAAAAUGGUGGUGGAUCACUAUUACACAUAUGCAUUUCUUCUAAACUUUGUCAUAAUAUGGCUUUGGUGUGUGGCAUCAUGGUUAGGUAUGAAACUAUUCAGGCAUAGUAAGGGUGGAGGUUCAUGA